GGGAGACUGACGGUGAAGGAAAAAAAUCCCAGUAACACUUGGGUCCCUCAAGAGGGGUGAAAACGGGUUUUGUGGAGUCUUCUUUCUUUUCCUGGGCACCCCCGGGCCGGCCCCUCCCUCCGCGCCAGCUUGCACCUCUCCCCAGCUGGGUGCACCUGAGGCUGGCUUGGGCUCCGGACGCGUGCGGAGCGCCACUGGGUGCGGUGGAAGCAGAGGCACGCUGACAGCCGCCUCCAGCCCGCGCCUGAGGGACAACACGCGUGGCGCUUGCUUCAGGGACUGUUCUCCGCAGCAGCCGCUCACGCCUCGCCUCGUGGUGACUAUCACCACCGAAGCUGCAGGCGGGCAGUUGUGCGCCCCCGGGGCCAGCCAGCCCGGGCGGCCGCCCCUGCUUCUCCCGAUGCCAGGGCCAGGGCGCCGAGCGGCCGCCAGCAGGAGGAUGAAGGGCUCGGCGGGAGGAAGAAGAGAAAAGCUGCUGGGGGUGACGAAAGCUCAGCCCAGCCACGAUUUCACAUGUGCACAUGAUGGAGAAAGUGAGGCUGAAUUUUUACCUGAUGACUUUGAAGAAAAACCUGAAAGAGAAAAGAAACAUGCCAAUUUCACUUUGUGCAAUGUUUGUAACAUUCAGCUGAAUUCGGCAGCUCAAGCACAAAUCCACUACAAUGGCAAAUCACAUCAAAAGAGAUUAAAACAACUGAGCAAUGGGAUCCUGAAAAAUGACAAUGGUGGUACCUGCCAGAGCCCUGCUCUCCCAGCCCUGGUCCGUCCACCAGCCCCUCCUCUGCAACCUUCGCUGGAUCUCAAACCCUUUCUUCCCUUUCCUCUGGACACAGCGGCAGCAGUCAACCUCUUCCCCAACUUUAACGCGAUGGACCCGAUUCAGAAAGCUGUAAUAAAUCAUACAUUCGGGGUUCCUCUUCCUCAUCGAAGAAAGCAAAUCAUAUCAUGCAACAUUUGCCAGUUGAGAUUUAAUUCCGAUAGCCAGGCUGCGGCCCACUACAAAGGCACGAAACAUGCCAAGAAGCUCAAAGCACUGGAAGCCAUGAAAAAUAAGCAGAAAUCUGUAACUGCCAAGGACAGCGCAAAGACUACCUUCACCUCCAUCACUACCAAUACCAUCAAUACCAGCUCUGACAAAACAGACAGUACCACAGGGACACCAGCAAUAUCAACGACAACUGUGGAAAUUCGCAAAAGCAGUGUUAUGACAACUGAGAUCACCUCCAAAGUGGAAAAAAGCCCCACGACAGCCACUGGCAAUAGCUCAUGUCCUUCCACGGAGACUGAGGAAGAAAAGGCAAAACGGCUUCUUUACUGUUCGCUAUGCAAGGUUGCUGUCAACUCCGCCUCGCAGCUGGAGGCGCACAACAGUGGUACUAAGCACAAAACCAUGCUAGAAGCCCGGAAUGGAAGUGGGACUAUCAAAGCCUUUCCUAGGGCAGGUGUGAAAGGCAAAGGACCAGUUAAUAAGGGAAACACAGGUCUGCAAAACAAAACGUUUCACUGUGAAAUCUGUGAUGUGCACGUCAACUCGGAAACACAACUUAAACAGCACAUUAGCAGUAGAAGGCACAAAGACAGAGCUGCUGGGAAGCCCCCGAAACCUAAAUACAGUCCUUACAACAAACUACAGAAGGCAGCACAUCCACUGGGGGUAAAAUUAGUAUUUUCAAAAGAACCUUCAAAGCCAUUGGCUCCACGCAUUCUACCAAACCCACUGGCGGCUGCGGCCGCCGCUGCGGCCGUAGCUGUGAACUCCCCCUUCAGUCUCCGAACUGCUCCAGCGGCCACACUGUUCCAGACCUCGGCGCUCCCGCCCGCACUCCUGAGGCCAGCUCCGGGACCUAUUCGGACCGCCCACACUCCUGUGCUGUUUGCUCCUUACUGAGUUCCAAAUGGGAGUACUUGUACUGCAAUAAUUUUUCAAAAAACAAAAAACAAAACAAAACAAAAACAAAAAAAAAAAACAAAAGAGAACUAUGCAGUGUUUAUUUAUAGUUUAAAGUCUAUCUGAAGAGCCAGGACUUUUGAUAGUGAAUUGAAAAGAUUAUUUAAAAAAAAAAAAAAAAAAAGGAGGGCGGUCUAGGGGUGGGAAGGGAGGGGGUGGUAUUUUCUCCAAAUUAAAGCAUUCCUCUUGAACACUGAUUGUUUUAGAAGUGAUCUCCAGCAUUGACUUGUAGUGGUAUCUAGAACUUCUGAAGCCUUCGUGACUGUGCUUUUGGGCACCUGUUUCCCUCUGCGUUGUCUUUCCCGCUUUAUGAAACAACUAUACAUUGUAAGGGCAUUAACUGGUUCCAAUGUGUAUAUAUAAUAAUUUACGCUGUAGAUUAAGAUAAUAUGAAAAAAGAAAAAACAAAAAGAAAAAAAAAAAAGACAACAACAAAAGCAACACUGUGAAUAGUAGUACCCGUGCUGGUCCUCUUGCUAUGACAGCAAUUACUGGGUAUUUAUCCCAACAAAAGUAGAUACAGUAGAUGUCUUGUAAAACAAUAGUGCUGUGUCUCAAUCUAUGCCACUAGGUUUUAAAGAAUUGCAAAAGGUAGGAUGAACGACUAUUUCAUGCCAGUAAGCAGUCAAACAAUACAGAAAUGCCAGAGGGUUUUGUCGAGGUCUUCCUGGUCCACAUUCUCCCCCUCCUAUCCAGCUUGUAGAUGACUUGAGAUUGAGGACAAGCGUGCAGGGCUCAGCAUAGAGGUGGGGGAGAUAAUAAUAAUAAAAGUAAUUUCUUACAAAGUACUAUUUCCCCCCCCUGAAGCGGUAUUGCUGGAAAGAGGCAAGGCUUUGUACUGAAACUAUAUCCGAAAACAGGUAAAGCCAUGCAUCAUGGGUUUUUUAGAAACAAUCAGUACAACUGUUCUGUUUCAUGGAUAAGGAAUGAUCAUUACCUAAGAUGAUAAUGCAAAGUAAAGAUUUUUCAUGUUAGUACAUACCCAAACAAACAAACAAACAAAAUACUAGAGAAUAUUGCAUCUCUGCAAUAUCCCCUUUAUAUCCUACCAGUAAGGUUGUCUCUUAGGCAAAGGUUCCUGCUUUGAACAUGAUGAUAGAUGUUAGCUAUUGUUGUGGGCUUUUUCUUGUUUUUUUAGAUUUCCUACUGACAUGAUAUAAACAAUUAAUAUAUAUUUAAAUGUUAGUAAAACAAGAAAAAUGAACCUGAGGUGAUUGCAGACCAAGGAUAUAGUGUUGAAAAAAUUCUGGUAAGAUGCACUUAACCAUCAUUUCUCUAGUGGAGUUAUGAAAUACUGGCAGCCUUUGAUAUUCACCAGAAGGCUGAAAGGAGUUGAUGUUUUACCUUUAAAACAAGAUUUAUCAGGGGUAUAUAUAAAUAUAUGUAUAUUGUAUAUAUGUUAGAAAGAUUAAGAGAAUAACUUAUAAAAAGAAAAUCUAUAUAAAAUAAUUAUAUAACCAUCCCAUGUUACAUGUUAUCAUUAAGUUGGUAACAAAUGGCAUAAAAAUAGCUGUGCCUUUAAUUUGUGAUAAAGGCUAUUUGCUUUUUCCCAUAGAAAGCUAACGUAUACCUAUCACUAUGAUGGGAUUCGAUGCAGCCAGUCUGUUGCAUUAAUAAGAACAAGGAGACUCAAACUUAGAACAAUGAUAAAACAUGUACAAAUCAACCCUACAUGAUUUAGAUUUAGAGAAAAAAAAUAUUUUUGAAAAGGUUUUGUAAAGACUAUUUAAAUCUAUAGGGGAGGGCUGGGUAUGGCCUUCCUGAAACUGCUCUUAACUAGACUGUAGUAACCUUUUUGAGAGGUAAAAAGAUUCAAGAUGAAACCAUUUGAGAGAUAGGUAUUUAGCAUUUGUCAUUUUAUAUUUAAUAAACACCCAUAGCGUGCUUGGUGCUCAACAUUGAACAUGGUCUUUGGAGUUCUUCUCCACCAUCUAGCUAUAUAGACAUUUGUCAUAUAAACAUAUCUUUAAAGCAGUUGGCUUUAUUUAAUUUUUGUUAAACAAACAACAAAAUAAGAAGAAGGAAGGAAAAAAAAAGGGAGAAGGCAGGCAGAUAAGAAAAAAGUAUUUCAUUAGUCUUUGGUAAAAAGAAUUUCAAACCACACAUCUCUGGUUAAACAUGUUGGUUAGUAUUAAAAUUUGUUUUUUGAGAAUACCUGGUAAUUUCACAUUUACCAACAUCUCUACUCUCUGGUCUUAGCAAGUGUUUCCUUUUUUUCACUCACAGACCCUACUGGUUCAGCCAGAUGGAAAGUUGCUCAUGAAUUUGGGGCUCUGUCUAUAUCCCGUGUGACCAGCUUCUAACGGAUUUGAACUUUAGUUGCCUUUUUCCUGCUUUGUCAAAUAUUUUGAUCUUUCACUAUAAGUUAGCCUGAAUCCUUAUCCAACAACCUUUACACCUGAUAAAACCUCUUUCUGUUGGAGAACUUCAUGUUAAUUGAUGCAGUCUCACUAUUAUGUGCUUUUGCUGUUCUUCCCCAUUUUCACCCAAGUGAAUUCGCCAGUCCACUAGAAGUCAGGGCCUGUGGGAUGCAAAGAGUCCUGGAUCACAAGGUGUUACUAACUUUAAUGAUUUGCUGGGAACAAACAAAUCAGCCAUAUCUUCUCCAUCAGCCAUAUGAGAAAACUCAGAAAUACCUAAAUCCCUUCUGCCUCACUUCGCUAUGGAACCAUUUUUGUUUAAAUGGUCUCUUAAAUUGGAGUUGUAAUCAUCAGUUGUCUUUUACUCACUACCUAAUAAAGGAUGAAGCCUAACUAUAGAACUUA